UCUCUCUCUCUCUCUCUCUCUCUCUCUCUCUCCAAAAACCACGACCCAAAUUCUCUGAAAACCCUAGCUUUCUCUUCUCUCCCCAUUUUUCAAUUAUCAGUCAAAAAAUAAAGGUUGCUUCUUUACCUUUCUCUCUGGUGUUUCUUGUAUUCGAAGCAUCGAAUUUUACCGUGAUCCAGGAAGCCCCAAUUGAAAUGCAGUAUUGGAAGGAGGAGUAGAAACCCUAGGUUGACCAUUGAUGAAGCCAUUUCGUCGAUGCCAGAGGAUCCUCAUCCUCUCUUUGCUUUCGCUCUCUGUUUUCGCUCCAAUCCUCUUCGUCUCCCAGAGGCUCAAGAAUCUCAAUUAUACUGGGCGGAAGGAAUUCAUUGAAGAUUUGUCCAAUAUUAAAUACAGGACUGAUGCCUUGAAGCUUAGUGCUGUUGAGCAGGAAGCGGGCGAAGGUUUGAAGGAGCCCAGGAAUGUUUUGUACGAAGAUAAGGAUGUAGUGUCUGUGGUUAGUUACAGUCUUGGUGAGAAUAAAGAGGAUACGGGAUCUGGAGAUGUUGGAGAUACUACUGAUAUGGCGGAGAGGACUGGACAUGUUUCAGGAACCAAUGGUGAGAGCAAAGAAGGAGAUAUACAAUAUCAGCAGAGAGAAAUAUCAUCUGCUUCUGGUGAAAAGGGGAAAGUUAACCAAGCAUUGGUCCAACAUGAACAGAAUGUAAUAUCUCAGUCAAGGAAAGAAAUAGAUCAGAGAAUAAAAGAGAUCAAAUCAAAUCACCCUGUUCCGAAAAUGAAUUCAAAUAUCCAGAGAGUGACAGACAAAAUAAAUGAGAUGAAAGAUCAGAUGAUUAGAGCUAAAGCAUACAUGACUUUUGCACCGCCUAACUCACAGUUGGUGAAGGAGUUGAGAGCUCGUAGUAAAGAGGUGGAACAUGUGGUUGGGAGAACCCACAAGGAUUCUGAUUUAUCUCGGAGUGCCUUGCAGAAAAUGAGAAACCUGGAGGCCUCACUAUCAAAAGCUAGUCGUGCUUUCCCGGACUGCUCUGCCAUGACCACAAAACUACGUUCUAUGACUCACAGUGCUGAAGAGCAAGUUGGGUUGCAGAAGAAGCAAGUCAGAUUUCUUUAUCACCUUGCUGGAAGCACUACCCCCAAAGGUCUUCAUUGUCUUUCGAUGCAGUUAACUGCAGAGUACUUUGCUAUGGAGUCCAAGGAGAGGCAAUUUCCUAACCAACACAAGUUGCCUGAUCCACAGCUCUAUCAUUAUGCUGUCUUCUCCGACAAUGUUCUGGCAUGUGCAGUGGUUGUAAAUUCCACUGUUUCCACUGCACUGGAACCGGAGACGAUUGUUUUCCAUGUGGUGACUGAUUCCCUCAAUUUUCCAGCAUUGUCAAUGUGGUUCUUAUUGAAUCCUCCUGGAAAAGCCACUAUCCAAGUCCAGAGCAUAGAGAGUUUUGAAUGGUUGGCUUCCAAGUAUAAAAGACCAUUAAUUCAGAAGUCCACUGAUCCUAGAUAUACUUCUGAACUCAACCACCUCCGUUUCUAUCUGCCUGACAUCUUCCCUGCAUUGAAUAAGAUCGUGCUAUUUGACCAUGAUGUUGUAGUUCAAAGGGAUCUAUCUAGACUGUGGAGUGUUAAUCUGAAGGGAAAAGUUAAUGGCGCAGUUGAGACUUGCCGAGAUAAUGAGCCGUCAUCUUUAGAGAUGGAAACAUUUAUUAACUUCUCAGAUCCAUAUGUGGCAAAUAGGUUUGACGUCAAUGCAUGUACAUGGGCAUUUGGCAUGAACUUGUUCGAUCUUCAUAACUGGAGAAAACAUAAGCUAACAACCCUGUACCAUAAAUACAUGCAAUUGGGUUCAAAGAGGCCAUUGUGGGUGGCUGGAAGUUUGCCUUUAGGUUGGAUCACCUUUUAUAACCAGACAUUGGCAUUAGACAGGCGAUGGCAUGCUCUUGGACUGGGUUAUGAAUCUGGUGUGGCUCAGGGGGAUGUGGAGCGAGCAGCAGUGAUACACUAUGAUGGAAUCAUGAAGCCCUGGUUAGAUAUCGCAAUUGGGAGGUACAAGGGUUAUUGGAGCAAAUAUCUCGACUAUGAUCACUCUCAUCUGCAGCGGUGUAAUAUUCAUGCAUAGUCAUCUUUUGUAGUGGUAGCCAACUCAUACCACAUGAUUUGGAUGAUGGAACUUCUGCAGUUGUUCACUCCAUUCAUUCUUUUAACGAUUCUUCGAUGUAAAGUUCCUUGCCAUUCUUUCCCCAAUUUUUUCUGGGCAUGAAAUCUUGUAGGAGCUGAGCUGAGUCAAAGUAUAGGAACAAUAGGUUUUAAUAAGUGCCCCUGGGAAUACUGUAUCGGUGUUCUGUAUGUACAUAACUUGUUCCAACUCCCUUCUUUCAACCUUUUCUUCAUACCAUACAAUGGAUGGUGUUUUUGUUUGAGCUGAGUUCCCAAGUGUUCUUUUACCUUUCUUCCCAAGUAAGUUUGUUUUAUGACUUGCAUAAGAGCCACAUUGAUUGACAAAGGAAGUGAUGUGUUUCUGUGGGAAUAUCUGCUCCAUGUAAAUUUGCAGCAUCAGUAUUUGUCACGAGUCUUCCUCGGUAGUUUAGUUUG